AUGAGUUUACCGGGCCAUAAGAGUAUACUGCUGACGGGCACUGAUGGAACACAGACGCGGUUGAACAGCGGAGGGGUGGCGAAGAGCGAGGGCAGCGCUACCGGCACUGGCCAGGGAUCUGGUGGCGUACAGUUCGACUCGGAACAGCUAGCGAGAGGCCGGUCGCGUACCAAGAUGAGAAAUGGGCCUGGUCUGAACGCAUCGACCAGUCGCUCGCGGUCGAGAAGCAGGGUCUCUAGUAUAAUCGCCGAGGAGGAGUUCCUGAAAUGGACGGUGCUGAGACGGGAUCCGUCGAUGCGACUGCAGCCGAGCCAGGAGGAUGCCAGCACGUCGGAGCUUGGCAGCGACGCCAGCGACGAGGAGGACAGCGGCGACGAAGAGCUCUCCGACGAGGAGCAAGUGACCGAUGUCGACAACGACGUCGACAUCGACGAAGAGUUCGACUACGACCAGGGCAUGAAAGUGCUCCCCAACUUCGUGGUGAGUCUCAACGAAGUGCUCGAGUCCAGCAGACCGUGGAUCCGCCAGUACGUCGCGGCCAACCAGGGCCGCGAGACAGAGGGGGUGCAGGAGACCUCGCUGGCCGGCGGCUACCGCCGAGCCAUCGAGCUGGUCUCCAAGGGCAAGGGCUCCACCACCACAAGAUCGUACAUACUCUGUGCGGACCUCACCAGCGAGUCGAACUACGCGCUCACCUACGUGAUGGGCUCGCUGAUCGGCAACGGCGACACUCUCUACAUCGUCCACUGGGACAACCAGCACCUCUCCAGCGCCGCGACAGCCCUUUCCGAGAACGUCGCCUCCAUCAAGAAGCACGUCAUGUACAUGUUCGACUGCGUCGGCGCCGUCAUCGAGGACCUCGACGUCGUCGUGCUCUCGCUGCAGCACCCGUUCCCGAAGCAGCUGCUCACCGAGAUGAUCUACGCCCUACAACCGAUCGCACUGUGCUGCUCUCUCUCGAUGAUCCUCUCCUCGCUCCAGAACUUUGUCUGCUCCGUUCCCACGCUGGUCAUCCGCAAGAAGCUCAAGCGAUCCAAGAAGAAAGGCAUCUCCGAGUGA